ACACGCAUGUAACACAUGUGUACUGUGUGUUUGCAGCUGGUGAUCACAGCGCUGAAGACUCAUAAAUAUGACAAGAGCAUUCAGGUGACGGGCAGCGCCGCUCUGUUUUACCUCACCAACACCGAGUACCGCAGUGAGCAGAGCGUGCGUCUGCGCAGACAGGUCAUACAGGUGGUGCUCAACGGCAUGGAGCAGUACCAGGAGGUGACGGUCCAGAGGAACUGCUGUCUGACGCUCUGUAACUUCAGUAUUCCUGAGGAGCUGGAGUUCCAGUAUCACAGAGUGAAUCUGCUUCUGCUGAAGAUCCUGGAGCCGGCGCGUCAGGACGAGUCCAUCCAGCGCAUCGCCGUGCAUCUGUGUAACGCUCUCGUCUGUCAGGUCGACAACGACCACAAAGAAGCCGUCGGCAAGAUGGGAUUCGUCAAGACGAUGCUGAAUCUGAUCCAGAAGAAGCUGCAGGACAGAAUGUGUGAUCAGGUGAUGGAGUUCUCGUGGAGUGCGCUCUGGAACAUCACAGACGAGACGCCUGAUAACUGUCAGAUGUUCCUGGAGUGUAACGGCAUGAAUCUCUUCCUGGAGUGUCUGAAGGAGUUUCCUGAUAAGCAGGAGCUGCACCGUAACAUGCUGGGGCUGCUGGGUAAUGUGGCUGAGGUGAAGGCGCUGAGGCCGCAGCUGCUGACCCAUCAGUUCAUCACAGUGUUCAGUGAGCUGCUGGACAGUAAAGCGGACGGCAUCGAGGUGUCCUAUAACGCCUGUGGAGUCCUGGCACACAUCAUGUUCGACGGGUCAGACGUCUGGACCAUGGAGGAGCCCAGCAGGUCACAUGUAAUGGACAAGAUGUGGGCAGCCAUCCAGAGCUGGGACGUCAGCUCGCGACGCAACAUCAACUACAGGUCGUUCGAGCCCAUCCUGCGUCUGCUUCCUCAGAGCUGUGCUCCGGUCAGUCAGCACUGGGCCACCUGGGCGCUCUAUAACCUGGUGUCUGUGUACCCGAGUAAAUACUGCCCUCUGUUGAUAAAGGAAGGCGGCAUCAUUCUGCUGCAGAAAGUUCUAGAGCUGGAGUCCUCUCAUCAGGAGACCAAAGACAUGGCACGUAAGGUGAUGGAGCAGUGUGAGAACUUCCAGGAGGAUCCGAUGGACACCAGCAGGUAAAGAGACGGUCACCAGCGCUGGACGUCCAUCUGAUGUGAUCGUGAUGUUCCUCACUGACGGCACAGAAACACCUGUGUGUUCACGAGGAGGACGCUACGCUGCUCUCCUACAACACACGUGUGUCACGUCACACUACAGUGAGCUCACGGGCGGCGCGUGUGUGUGUGUGUGUGUGUGUGUGUGUGUGUGUGGGGCGGGCUCGUUUCUGUGUUGCACAUGGACAGCAGUGAGAGCUGCCUUAUUCUAGGGUUGUUUUUAUUUGUAAAUGAUAAUGUGCCCGAGUGAUUGUGUUUGUGUAUAUAUAAACAUAUGUGUGUGUGUGUGUGUGUGUGUGUGUGUGUGUGUGAGGAUGUCCUGCUCGUGUCUUUAUAAGGAACAACCGUGAUUAUUUGUCUGGAGGCAGAGAGAGAGACAUAAGCUUGACUCUCCUCACGACUCCUGCGGUCACGAAGCCCAUCACUGAUCAAACGCUGAUGAUCCUGAGAGAGGAAGCACGUUCUCGUCUGGAUGUUUUAGUGUUGAUCACUCCCGGCGGAGAACUCAAUCACACAUCCAUCACUAAAGCCAUUAUCUUUUGGGGAACUCAUCAUUUUUCCUAUGUUGUAUUUUUAAUCCUAUUCACUUUUUAUUUGCGAUCUCAUGAUGAACGUGAUGGACUGGACGAUGGUCUGCUGCACGUCUGUGCUGUUUAACUGCAAUAAAACCAUGAUGUACUGAAGGAAGAGGUCCACACAACACUGGGUGUAAAGAGAGAUUAAUAAUAAUAAUAAUAAUAAUAGUUGUCUAAGACUCUGUUCCAGUCGUUAUUUCCUGAUUGUCAUGAUCUUCUAUUAGCUCAUCAGGUGUGUUAAAUCGGUCGAUGCCUGUAUAUCUGUAUAUGAUUAUAAACACACACUCCUGGUGUUGGGACAGUUUGAGAUUUGUGAAUAUUUCUAUAUCUGUGCUUUUGUCUGUUGUUAAAAGAUCAUUACUCUGUAAAAGAGGCUUGUUCUUCACUUCCACUGAAUCUCUCUUAGGAUGUUUCUUGAAAUCUUUUACUACCAUAAAUUCAUCAAAUACAGAAUAUUACCAAACUCAGAUUUCAGCAAAAGUGACUUCACUGAACAAUUCAUUUCUUUUAUGCUUGUCAUGAUGAUUUUUAUUUUAUUUCUCGAUUUAAAAAUGUUUGCACGCAAAUAACAGUUUAAUGUGGA